AUGGCAUUACUAAACCCCUUUAGAAUUCUAGAAAACCUACGGAAGUUCAAAUACAAUAGACCAUUCCCAAUUUCUUCGAUAUGGCCAGUUAAUAGACGAGCUGCUGUAUUGAUCCUUUUAUUUGUUGGAAACAGUGGAGAACUCAGAGUCUUAUUAACAAAAAGAUCUAGAAGCCUACGAAGCUUUUCAGGUCAUGUAGCUUUACCUGGAGGCAAGGCAGACUCUUCUACAGAAACGUUUGAACAAAUUGCAAGGAGAGAAGCUGAAGAAGAAAUUGGAUUACCUCAAGAUAAAAAUGUUUUAGAAAAUAGGUAUGGAAUGAAAUUGGAGACAAUUUCUACUGAGAUACCAUGUUACAUAUCCCAAACUUUCUUGAGUGUCAAACCUGUGGUAUGUUUUUUAUAUAAUUCUGAAUUUGAUCAAAAGAAUGAAAAAUAUACCAAGACAUUGGAUGCUUCAAAGUUCUUUGGGAAAUUGAAUCCUGGAGAAACAUCAUCGUUAUUCUCAGUUCCCUUAAACGAUAUGGUAAAGCAUCUAUUCACUGAUUCCUCGGAUAUUAAACCAGAAUAUGAAAGACGUGUACAUAUGUCAAAAAAUUGGGGAGGGCUUAAAUGGUUUAUUGAGCAUUAUUAUUAUCCUGUCUUAAAUACCAACGAAGUAUCAUGGUUAAAUACAAUUGAGGACCUUAGUUCAGAGGAUGAACUUGAAGAUGGGCAGCAAUAUAGAGAUUUAUGGGGGUUAACAGCUAAGAUAUUAUCUGAUGUAGCAAGAAUUGGGAAUAAUAUUGAUAGUGCAAAAAGGAGGGGGCAUGAGGGUUUGAUAUAUGGACUGUAUGAAUUUAGUGAUCAGUUUAAGGAUCCCAAAAGGAGUAUAUGGGAACAAGCCAUGAUUGCAGGGAAAAAAGGGUAUUAUUAUAGCGAUGUUUUACCCGAGCAUUAUAUAAAAAAGCUACAAAGGGAUGAUGUCACUUUUUGA